CAGGGGUGGGUGCCCCCUGCAGCCCCCCCCCUUGCAGGAAGGGUGAAGAUGGGUCCCGCCGCCUUCCUGGGGCUCUGCCUGCUGGGGUGCCUCGUGCUGCCCCCCUCCCUGCCGGGGGCCCAGGCCACCAGGUGUCCCCGGGGGUGGCUGUCCUUCGGGGGACACUGCUACGGCUACUUCGGGCAGGAGCUGAGCUGGAGGAAGGCUGAGGCGUGGUGCCAGGCCACCGGCGGGGGCCACCUGGCAUCGCUGCACAGCCCCGAGGAGCACCGGGCGCUCGCCGCCUUCAUCGCCCGGCGGCCGCGGCGGGGAGAGGACGACGAGGAGCGGGACAAGGACCGGGACCGGGACCGGGAGGACGGCGUCUGGAUCGGGCUGCGCCGGCGGCGCCAGGCCUGGCUCUGGGCUGACGGGUCCCCGUGGCGCUACUGGGCCUGGGACGGGGACGAUGGCCCCAAGGGCCAGCCCUGCAUCGCCCUGGAGGACUCGGCAGGGUUCAUGGCCUGGGAGGGCGAGGCCUGUGGCGAGCGCAAACCCUUCGUCUGCAAAUACCCGGCCUAAGGGGGCGAGGGGCGGCCCCCCGCGGCCCCCCAAAUCUGCAGGCUGCCCCCCCCUCUGUGCAGCCCCCCGACCCUGCGCCUG